UGGCAGACAAAAAAAACACGUAAAAAGAUAAUCUUUCAAGUAGUAUGAAUAAGAUAAUAUUUAUAAGACAAAUGGUUCUUGAUGUGAAAAGCUUAGGAUUUCUGAAGACAUGACAAGUUUUUAUCGCAAGCUUGUUCGAAAGAAGUUUAUAGACCCUGCUAACAUCACAGAGACCAAAUUAUCAAGAUGUUUGACUACUCUAGAUCUCACAGCUCUUGGUAUUGGCAGUACUCUGGGAGCAGGUAUUUAUGUAGUGGCCGGCCAGGUAGCCAAGGAGACAGCCGGUCCAGCGGUGAUUCUGUCCUUCCUCAUUGCAGCUUUAGCCUCAGUGUUAGCAGGUUUAUGCUAUGCUGAGUUUGGAGCCAGGGUUCCCAAAACUGGUUCAGCUUAUGUGUACAGUUAUAUAACUGUGGGAGAGUUUAUGGCAUUCAUCAUUGGAUGGAAUCUGAUACUAGAAUAUGUUAUAGGGACAGCCAGUGUAGCUAGGGCCUGGAGUGCCUACUUUGACUCUCUAAUCCACAAGGCUAUCCAGAACUUCUUCAGGGACAAUAUGCCUAUAGAUGUUGGGGGACUUUCUCCAUACCCAGACUUCUUUGCCUUUGGCAUCACCCUCUUGCUUACCUGUUUGUUAACACUGGGAGUAAAAGAAUCUUCCCGAUUUAACAAUAUCUUCACUGGUGUCAAUCUUCUAGUUGUGUUAUAUGUUGUUAUCUGUGGCCUAAUUAAGGCAGACAUCCAUAACUGGUCUCUACCUAGGCCAGAGCAUACCAACUCCACUGUUAAUUAUGGAGAUGGUGGAUUUUUUCCAUUCGGUUUCUCAGGAAUGAUGUCUGGAGCUGCCACUUGUUUUUAUGCCUUUGUAGGAUUUGAUUGCAUCGCUACAACAGGAGAGGAAGUCGAGAAUCCCCAGAGAGCUAUUCCCAUCAGUAUAGUUUUGGCUCUGCUAGGCUGUUUCCUGGCAUACUUUGGGGUAUCAGCAGCUAUUACCCUAAUGUGUCCUUACUACCUCCUAGACCAUGAUGCCCCACUUCCAGAAGUCUUCUCCAAAGUGGGCUGGAAUGUAGCUCGAUAUAUUAUAGCGGUGGGAGCUGUAUGUGGUCUGUCCACAAGUCUACUUGGUGCUAUGUUUCCAUUACCUCGUGUUAUCUAUGCCAUGGCCAGUGAUGGACUGCUUUUUCAGUUUCUUGGGGACAUUAGUGAAAGGUUCAAAACACCUGUAGCUGGCACUCUCCUCUCAGGGCUGUUUGCAGGAGUCAUGGCAAUGAUGUUUGACCUUAAAGAACUGGUUGACAUGAUGUCCAUUGGAACCUUGCUAGCAUACACACUUGUUGCUGUUAGUGUCUUACUGUUAAGAUACAAGGUGUAUUCCUUUGACCCUCGUGAUUCAGGAGACAGAGAUUCAUUACUUGUUAAUGAUGAAGUGAAUCCAGUGGGAUAUUUCCAGGAAAUGUUCAACCAUAGACUGAAAUCCCCAACUCACCUAACGGAAACUGUAUCAUUCUGGAAUAUCACUUUUAUAUGUAUACUGAUCAUUGCGGAGUCACUGAUACUCAUCUUUCUAGAAGAUUCUAUAUCUUCCGGGGAAUGGUGGUCUAUUACUAUAGCUAGUGUUAUUUGUCUUCUCAUAUUUAUCCUUGUGUAUUCAACAUGGCUCCAACCUCAAAAUCAGGAUUUAAUCAGCUUUAAGGUACCUCUUUUACCAUUUCUUCCUGUGAUUAGUAUUUUUGUUAAUGUUUACCUGAUGUUGAAGCUGUCCACUGCUACAUGGAUCAGGUUUGGAGUGUGGAUGCUAGUUGGUAGGAAGAAAAAAUCCAUGAUGCAGGAGAAGUCAGUCACAGUUUGGAACAUCCAGAGGAAAGCAUGUUUGGGAGCCCUCUUUUUCGUGUACGUCUUGCUGUCCGUACCCUGUAUCAUAGAUCUCGUGCACUACCUGAUAUCCAGCAAGGAACUAGAAGAGACUAUGCAUAUAUUGGAAGAAACAGUGACGUUGCACUCCUCAACAACACGGGUGAUUCAAGGUUUUCACUGUUUGUUUAUGAAUAUAGACUGUGAAACUCGAAUGUUGCGUCUUCUUUCCCAAAGUAGACACAGGUGUCUAAAUGAAGAUCACUUUUUUGAAGUAAUCACUGCAAUUGUAAAGUCAAGUCCGCAAAACAGCAGCUUUUAUCCCUCUACAAAUGGGUCUACCCAAAGUGCCUUUUCAUCCUUUCCAUGUGCUGAAACAACAUUCCAGAACUUGCAUACUGCAGCUCUUCCAAAGAUUGGUUCUCUAGUGGUCCAGUCUUUAAAAUACAUACGUUCUUCUUACGCUGCUUUUGAUGUUUUGGUUAAACUCUACUGGAACUGUUUUUCCAAUGAACACACUGACAUGCAUCAUUUCCUCCAUGAGGUUAAUUAUGUAAAAGGGCACCUGUUGUCGUUCUUUUUAAAGGAAAAGUCACACGUUUCAAUAAAACAAUUGGAUAUUCUGUUGAUAGAGAGGUUCAGACUUUCAGCAAAUGGAUCAUCCGACUUGUGUUCAACAGCAAUGCUUCAAGAAUAUUUGUCAACUGUUAAUGAAAUAAACGACAUAUCAAGUCAGCACUUGCAACGCUUGCUAUGGUUUACUCAGUCCGAGUAUAAAUGGUCAAUAAUUGUCCAGUCUAUGUACAUUUUUGUCCUCUUAAGCCUACCGUUCAUCUGUUGUUGGCAUUUUGUCGAAUACUGGCGUCGGCUCGUGCUUGUCCAUAAAUUAUCACAAAGAUACAACAUGGUGACAGAUCAACUGAUGAAGGAAAAAAUGGAGUUUAAGUCCAUACUCAGUGAGGUCAUUCCAAGGUCGAAUUUUGGCGAAGUUGUCUCAGAAGGAUCCAGGAUGUCUUUGAUGUCUUCAGCGUUUAGACCAGACUCUCAGUGCGAGCCAGCACAGGUAUCUUUUUCAGAUACUGAACUGUCCGAUGGUGGCGAUGACACGGAUCGACCAAUUCGGAACUCGAGGAUAUCGUCGGUAAAUCGGUUCAAACAGAAGAGUGUACCGAUGGGAACGAUUCACGAGACAUACAGCAUCUACGACAAGAUAACAAAGAAACUGUCCAGUAGGAGAUCCAAUCCGUCCGUGUCAAACGAAGUAACGAUUUUUCGUUCAGACAUUGUUGGAUUUUCCCGAAUAAUGAAAUAUUUCACUGCAUCUGAAAUGGUGAAUCUGGUGUCCUACCUGAUGAAGUUGUUUGAUGAGCGGAUACAGCUGUAUGAUGUGUUUGUUCUGGGGAGAGAGGCGGACUCUUUCACGGUUAUCUCUGGUAUAUCAUCGGCACAGACAACUCGCCACGCUUCAGAAAUUGUGAACAUGGCACUAGAUUUGAUGUCAAUCAGUAGCGAUUUAGAAUUCCAGACAGGCCCCGAGACAAAAUUGAGGCUCCGUAUGGGAAUUCACACUGGUAUUGCCUACAGUAGACAGGUUGGUUUUCCAAGACCGCGGUACAAUAUUUGCGGAGAUAUUUUAGGAGUUGCCAAGAAGAUUGUUCAAAAUGCGCAGCCCAAUCAAAUUCAAGUCAGCGAAACAACAUAUCAACUACUGUGUCGACAUGUUGCAUACAAUCUAGGAAAGAGUGGUCAUGUCACAACCGAGGCAAAUAAGAAUAUCAAAGUUUAUACUCUGAACGGACGUCGAGUGUCGGAGGAUGUGACGGCUAGAGACUGUCCAGGGAAAAGGACCGCAUGGAUUCCUAUACAACUGGAGCAGAAAGCACUGUACAGAUUUGAGGCUGAGGAGAAUCGAUAUCUGGCACCGUUGAAUUGGAUGAUGCCGAGUUGUUCCUACUCCAUGGCAUCUGGAUCUACAUCCCCCAGUAUCUCCAACACAAGGUGUGCCUCACGUCAGAGCAGUUCCAGUCGCCCCCUCCGGAUAUCAACACAGGAGUCUUAUAGAGGGCCAUGGGAUUCCAAGCAUGGCAGUGCCAAUCUAGACUUGUAUCAAAGUUAGCAGAAAUGUCUCAGAAAGCAUUGGCU